AUGCCCUCCUCUACGAGCAACAUGCCCCCCAACGCCCCGCACCCGUACGCACCCCCGAAAGAGGGGGAAAAGAGGUCGCCGUGCCCUGGCCUCAACGCAAUGGCCAACCAUGGCUUCAUACCCCGACAUGGACGGGAUCUCGGUUUCGUGCAGCUCGUGAACGCGAUGCGUGAGGUAUACAAUCUGUCGAUACCUCUGGCAUCUCUUCUCGCGUUCGCUGGCCUACUCCUUUGUGGUCAUUGGAAAGGAUUUCAGAUGGUGGUUGACCUAGACGCGCUCGCAGCCCACAACAAGAUUGAACACGACGCAUCCUUAGUACACACGGAUGCCAUGAUUGGCGACAAGGCAGCCCCAAUUGGCGUCGAUCAGAGUCUUGUCCAUAGGCUCAGCGCGUACGGCGCCCCUGGCUCCGGUCUAGCGCUCAGCGACUUUGCUAGAGCGCGCCACGAUCGCGAAGCGCUAUUAAAGAGGCCUCUCAGCGGUCCUCACGAAGAGAUCGCAUGCGCGGAACCAGUGAUGACUUGGCUCAUUAUGAAGGAUAGCAAUGGGGAGGUUCCUCGAAAGAGCAUCGAGCAGUGGUUUGGGGAGGAGAGGCUUCCGGAAGGAUGGUCGCGUCCUUUGAAGACGGUCGGGCUGAUGCAGACCCGGGGUAUGGUCAAGCAGCUGAAGGAGAUCAUGAAGCUACCGGCUCCUCCGACCAUUGUGAUCGACCGGGUAGCAACCCAAUGA